AUGCAUAUUCAUAUCCAAGAUCCUCAGACGGAUAGGGCGCGGACUAGGAUAGAAUGGGGAGGACAGUGUUUAUUAAAAUAUACAUAUGCUAUUAUAGAAGGAGUAGUAGAAGGUGAUUUUGGUGAUGGUAGUAUCUUGCAGCGUCGCGCCAGAUACGGUCCAGAAGGUUAUGUGUGCAGCGACUGGUGGUACACCAUAGCACUGUAUUGUCCGACCGCUCACUCCAGGGACUUUCGUACGCGUUCGCAAAUUGAACUCGAAUGGACGACGUACUGCCAAGAGUUGAGCGCUGUAAUAUGGAGUAGCGGUAAAGAAAUG